CACAAACUACUUAAACAAGGCGCUUAGCCACCAGCCUCGGCACUGCACCGAGCACUUUGAAUUGACUCCAUAAGAGUUGAACGAGUGUUUGUUUUUUUAACCGGUGACACCCUGUGCUCUUCGUACUUAACUCUUUGUCACGCAAAACCGAAGACAGAGCGCAGAUAGUCAGAGAAAGAGGUGAGAAAGUGCCGUUUGAGUGUAUGUGUGUUCGCUGAUUGGCUGAACCGUGACCGCUCUACCCUGUGUGCCGCACAGGGAGCCGCGCUGAGCGCAGAUAUAUUGGGUGCCCGAGCUCGAGCCACUCAAUAGUUUCCCACUCCACCGCAACCCCAAGAGGACGAGCAUAGCACAGAACGGCUUAAGUAUCGAUUAAAAAAACGCAGAGUCCAUGGCAGCACCCACACACAGCAGCUGCAUGUGGAUGUUGGUUUUGGGCGCGUGUGUGUCACUGGUGGUUGGAACCGACUGUGGGAAGGAGUGUGCACUGUGUGUGUACCGUCUGCUGGGACAGCAGUCCGGUUUCUCCUCUCUGACAUGUACACUUGAGUGUGAUGGUGGGUUGGACAGCCAGAAGCUCCACCUGUGCCGGGACUUACUGUUGGAGGAGGAAAACCACAAUCUUCUGGAUGCUGAUCCCCAUCAACAGCCGGAACACGAAGCAGCAGGUGCCAUGGUUGCUGACAAUGAGGAUGCGACAUCACCAGAACACCAGCUGGCCAAGAAGUAUGGCGGCUUCAUGAAGCGCUAUGGUGGUUUUAUGUCUCGCCGCUCCUUCUCUCCAGAGGAGGCACUAGAGGAUCCUGGAAACCAGGAUGAAGAAGAAAAUGUUCGCCUGGAGAUCCUAAAGAUCCUUAAUGCAGCGGUCGAGCAUGGCAGUGAGGGGGAUGGUCAGGGAGGCGAGGCAAUGAAGAGGUACGGAGGCUUCAUGCGUCGGGCUGAAGGAGGGGUGGCGCAGAGAAACCUGCUGGAGGCGGUGUUAGGCCGUGGGCUCAAAAAGCGCUAUGGAGGGUUCAUGAGGCGCGUGGGCAGGCCUGAGUGGCUGGUGGACAGCAGCAAGAGUGGGGGGGCGUUGAAACGGGCUUGGGAGAACAGCAGCGAGCUACAGAAGAGGUACGGGGGGUUCAUGGACUAGGAUACCACAGUUAUGACCCUUCAAUCCCCUAUCCCUCCAACCCCUUCUCUUCAACCAAUCUACUUGUAGUCUGGAGUUGUUGGUGUCUCAAUCAACCGCCCACACCCUCUGCUAAUUACAAUGUGUCAUUUGGCUUUGUAUAAUGUGCUGCUGUCUACUUCAUUGGAUCAAAUGGUCCUGUAAUGAUAAAGGAGAUAAACAUAUAUCAUUCGGAUGUACACAAAUCAUUCUUUGGUGUGUUUUUGGUUUUCAUGAAUAUCUUAUUUAUUAAAAGAAUCUGUUGAUCGAGGUAUGUUGGUUGAGUGUGGUUGAGUGAGUUUGAAGAAUUCACCAUGUUCGAAUUUAUGUGUGUGCCAGGGUCUAGUUUUCAGAAAUGGGAAACACAGUAAAGGGCUCUUCAAACAAUAA